UUUCUUUAUUUAUAUUAAGAUAACAAUGUUCAAUGACAUCCGAAUUGAGAUCAAUGAUUUUGAAUUGGAAUUCGGACUUCAUUUAAAACCGCGUUUUGUUUUUAUUUCUUAUACUUAGUACGUACGAAAAUGAUUGAUAAUGGGCGUUCUUUAAUCUACGCGUAAGUACAGUUAUCAAGUUUAGAUAAAAAAAUAUAUAAGUGUCCUACUUUUAAAAAGUUUGCCUCGCAGUUUGUGGAAUAGCCUCUUGCAUUGAAUACAUUAAAAAUAAUCAUGACAUAUGACUGGAAAGAUAAAGUUGUUCUGAUUACUGGAGGGGGCAAUGGGAUCGGAUCUCAUGUAGUCAGGAUUGCACUCGAGGAAGGGGCAAAGGAAAUUAAUAUAUUGGACAUCAACGAAGCAAACGCGAAAUCGCUUCAAGACGAACUGAACGCCAAACACGGAGUUGGAAAAGUGAAAUUCAUUAAAUGCGAUGUUGCUAAUCACGAAAGCCUAGUGGCAGCCUUCGAAGCUAUUUUAUCGGACAAAAACAACGAAUAUGUUGUUCUCAACAACGCUGCUAUACUAAAUGACAGCUUGAAGACCUACAGAAAACAAAUCGAUAUUAAUGUGGCCGCUGUGAUCACUGGCUCAUUAAAAGCCCUUGAUUUGAUGAGGAAAAACAAAGGGGGCAAAGGUGGCGCUAUAAUCAAUAUGUCUUCAAUUGCAGCUCUUUGUCCAUUACCUUUUACACCCAUUUACAAUGCCACUAAGAGUGCCGUGAUGCAGUUUAGUGUAUGUUUGGGCGCAGACGAUUACUACUCGAGGACUGGAGUUCGUGUAUUAACUAUGUGUUUCGGUGCGACAGAUACUAGUCUUAUUGCGAUUGAGAACAUGGGAAGUUUCGAUGAAGUUAUAGAAACCAAACUCGGUGAACCUUUAAAGUUAUAUCCCGGACAAAAGAUUGAAUCCGCCGCUAGGGCAGUUAUAGAUGCUUAUAAACAAGGAUCUAGUGGCAGUAUUUGGCUGGCCAAUGCUAACAAGGCAGCUGAAGACAUCACGCACGUACAUACUGAGGCGUACAAACUCUUGACCGCAACAGUAUUAAAGUAAUAUGUGAAACUCUGUUUAUAUUAAUAAAGUGAAGAAAAAUUUAUGUGUCUUUAAUAAAUUAGAGCUGACAUUAAAAA